UUAAUAUCGUCAAGGCAACGAUGAUUACAGGUCUCGUGGUGAUUACUGUCAUGAUGAUAAUGAUGAUAACGAGGAAUAACGAUGGUUAUGAUCCUCAACAUGAUGACGACGAUGAUAAUGAUGAUUAUAGCUGGAUAAAAACAACUUUAUUGGAUGCUUAUGGUGGUAAGAAGUUAUGGUUUUGAUCAUGCUAAUGGGGAUGACUUGAUGAUAAUAAUUAUGAUAGUAAAUGCUAUGAUUAAAUAUAUUGAUAUUUUAAAUAUGAUGCUGCGUUAGCAGUGGUGCACAAAAGAACAAUCAUCAUUUCUGUUUCGGGCAGUGUUAUCAACAAACGCGUGAUGUUAGGUGAAACAUUUUAUGAUCGUGACUAUUGUGACGAUGGCAAAAUUGACGAAAAAUUAACGAUUAAGGCUAUGACACGGAAUGCCAUGAUGUGAAUAGGUGGUGGUGAUGAUGAUGAAUUGCUGAUGAUAACAACAUGUUUAUAUAUUGUAUGGUAUUACCAAGUGACGCUAAAUGUUGUUGAUGAUGUGUGUCAUUACCAUCACGAUGUGUACCAUCAUCAUCGUCGUCGUUAUUGCCCACCAGUACCUGCAGAACACGUGGACCAGAGAUCCGUGCUACUCACACUACGGAGUGAACGGCUCCACGUGCUCCAUCAUCUCCUACCUGGGCCAGGUGGAGCACUUCUGCCCUCCUCGUCGUCAACCAGGACCCAACACAACUGGGAUUCUCCCCACGCCAGCGAGUGGCACAGAGGUUCUGUCUCAGCUCUCACCACCACUGCACCUCCGAUUACCGCGUUUGGCUACGUCUGGGGCGAAAGAAGUUCAACAGAGAAGUUCAGCUUUCCAAAGGGGCUCCAACCUGCUCUCGUCCAUCCAUCGGCAUGGUUGCGAACAUCAGUCAGGGUCAAUCCACUGCGCGGCGAUGCGACGCAGCGUGAGUUCGCUGCUCGCGCUCACGGAGCGGUACAGAGCCAUGGACGCGGUGCGCUUCAUGGAGCGGCGGCUGCAGCAGGCGGAGCGGACGUGGUCGACUGCGGCGCACGAGCUCGCGGCUCGGACGAACGGGACUUCGCGUGCCCGCAUGAAGAUCCUCGUGCACCUGGGCCUGCUGACGGGGGACAGCGGGCGGUGGUUCAACUCGGGCACGGGUCAGGGCGGUCCCCUCGGGGAGCUGGUGCAGUGGGCCGACGCGCUGGCCGCCCUGCACGCCCUCGGCCACUCGCUCUCGAUCACCGCCACGCUGCCCGACCUGCACAGGUUGCUCGGCGUGCCCCCAGGCAACGGUGCCUGCCCCAUCGAGAAGGCUUUGCCCUUUGACCUCAUCUUCACCGACUACUUGGGCAUCGAGCAAAUGAGCAAGAGCAUGGGCUUGUCGUUCCGGGAGUACGCGUGUCGCUACCGCGUGGUGGACACGUUCGGCACUGAGCCGGCUUUCAACCACGAGGCCUACGCCACCAAGAACGGCUUCAAGUCCGAAUGGGGCCACUGGAACCUGCAGCCCCAGCAGUACAUGACCAUGUUCCCGCACACUCCGGACAACUCGUUCCUGGGCUUCGUGAGCGAAGUGGUCAGCGAGAAGAAAAAGGUCACGAUCCCCAAGGACGACCACAUGGCGAUGGUGUACGGCAAGAAGGAUGAGAUGUGGAAGGGAAAGGAGCAAUAUCUGAAGGUGAUCUCUCGUCACAUGGCCGUGCACGGCACGGUGGGGGGGAGCCUGACAUCAUUACCGAAGUUUGUGCAUAACCAUGGCCUCCUCUCCCAGCGUGACAUCCAGCUCCUCCUCCGCAGGGCCAAGAUGUUUGUGGGGCUGGGCUUCCCGUACGAGGGUCCGGCGCCGCUGGAGGCCAUCGCCAGCGGUUGCGUCUUCUUGAUGCCGCGCUUCGACCCGCCGCACUCAUCCCACAGCACCGCCUUCUUCAAGGGCAAGCCCACGUCUCGCCUCGUGACGUCGCAGCACCCGUACGCGGAGCGCUUCAUCGGUAGGCCACACGUGUGGACGGUGGACGUGGGCAAUCUGUCGGAGGUGGAGGCGGCUGUGAUCGCCAUCAAAUCGUUGCCGGCCGUGGAGCCGCUGCUCCCGUACGAGUUCACAGCCCAAGGGAUGCUCGAGAGGGUGUACGCUUACCUCACUCACCAGGUGGGACUGCUUGCUCACUCGCUCGUACUCGCUCACUUGGGCGAUCGCUCCCGCGACAUGUCCAGCUAUCAUCGUUUGUUCGUGAAGGACUUCUGCUCGCCGGGGCCACAGAGAUGGCCUCCCAGCAGCGCGAUGCAAGCGGUGGCGUCGGAGGGCGGCGUCUCGUGCCAGGACGCGUGCUGGGCGCGUGGCCUCGUUUGCGAGCCGUCCUUCUUCCCCCUUGUCAACACGCAGGAUGCCUUUGCCAGGUGGGAGACCGCCUCAAAACACUUCCUGUUGAAGGAGAGUAAGCUUGCCGAUUGCUUCAACUGCCGCAGCGGGCGAUCAAAUGGAACCGGCAGACCUCUGCGUUGCGAACGCAGCGCUCUCACCGUUACACCACCCGCGAUGCUCAGCACGUGGCAACUCGCGACGGCAACAGCAUGCCACUGCGACGCGCGUGCACACAGGUUGGGCCUGCGGUGCGGCGCGGUGGAGAGGCGGGCGAGCCACCUGGUGCCCGCAUUCACCCACAACGGGAGCCACUGCCUGCUCCAGGAGGAGACGCUCCUCUUCAGCUGCGCCGGCGCCGGCGAGACCCGGGUGUGCCCCUGCCGUGACUUCCGACGGGGCCAGGUAGCGCUGUGCCGGGACUGCUCGUGACAGCCCGCGUGGCGGCACGAAGCGGGCCGAGCCUCGACAAUCUAAGAUUUAACCCUUGCAAUUUUAACCCCCACUGUAUUUAACCGUGCCGCCAAUUCUGUGCAGGUGUAACGUAGCAGAGAUGUGCUUCUGCGGCCGUCCGUAACGCUCUUCCUUCCGAUAUCAGGAAGCCACUGGAGCUAUGCACUUUUAAUC